AUGAAGCCUUCCAUGUGGCUCGGCGCCCUGCUGGCAGGCUCCGCCAGCGCUCUCGAUCUCGACCUGAACAGCAAGGACUCGAUUAGAGAAGCAGCGAAGACGAUUGCGACUAAGAUGGUCGCUUUCUACCCCGGUGAUCAUCCGGGCGGAAUUCCCGGUCUGCUCGGAGACCCAUACUACUGGUGGGAGGCUGGCGCCAUGUUUGGCGCAUUGGUUGACUACUGGUACUACACUGGGGAUACUCAAUUUAAUGCUAUUACAACUGAAGCCUUACUAUUCCAAGUCGGGCCGGACAACAACUACAUGCCUCCCAAUCAGAGUAAAUCGCUUGGUAACGAUGACCAGGCUUUCUGGGGUAUCGCAGCUAUGUCUGCGGCGGAGCAGAAGUAUCCCAAUCCUCCUGAAGACAAGCCGCAAUGGCUAGCGCUGGCCCAGGCUGUCUUUAACUCUCAAGCUCUGCGGUGGGAUAAUGCCUCUUGCGGUGGUGGUCUGAAGUGGCAGAUCUUUACUUUCAACAAUGGCUACAACUACAAGAACUCGAUUUCGAACGGGUGCUUCUUCAAUCUUGCCGCGCGUUUAGGAAUGUACACGGGCAACUCGACCUACCUCGACUGGGCUGAUCGAGCUUGGGACUGGACCAGAAAUGUGGGACUGAUGACGGAUGGAUAUAAUAUCUUCGACGGCUCAGAUGACAAUCUCAAUUGCUCAGAGUUUAAUCAUAUCCAGUGGUCCUACAAUGCUGGCGUGUUCCUCCUGGGAGCAGGAGUCAUGUGGAAUAUGGUGAGUUCAAUCAGACUCUGGUAGACUGGAACGGCUACUGAUCAAUGCCCUAGACCGCCGACGCUGAGCGAGCCAAGUGGGAGGAGCGUAUCAAUGGACUCAUCAGCUCCGCCACCAAGGUCUUCUUCCAAGAUAAAAUCAUGUACGAAGUCGCGUGCGAGCCUUCUGGCAACUGCAACGUCGACCAGCAGUCCUUCAAGGCGUAUCUUUCACGCUGGAUGGUUGCAACCACCAAGGUCGCCCCAUGGACACAUGAUACCAUUAUGCCUUUGAUACAGGCCUCAGCGCAAGCCGCAGCGAAGUCUUGCUCAGGAGGCGACGAUGGCAUAACGUGCGGCACCAAAUGGACCACUGGUAAAUGGGAUGGCGCAUAUGGUGUCGGACAGCAGAUGAACGCACUGGAAGUCAUACAGAGCAAUCUCAUCGAUAACGUGCAGGGUCCUGUCGGUAACAAGACCGGAGGUACUUCGAAGGGUAACCCAGCGGCCGGUACAGGAGGCGACGGAAACCCAAGUGCACCACAAUCCGUCAUCACCACGAGCGAUCGUGCGGGCGCCGGUGUCGUCACCGCGCUCGUACUCAUUGGUCUUCUGGGGGGUGCCUGGUGGAUGGUGAUAUAA